AUGGCGGCCGUUGCCCCCAUCCAGGUCAACGGCCUGAGCACCCCGUCGCUGCCUGCGUCUCCCGAGUCGUCGGCAUCGUCGAGCAAAAGGAAGCGCGAUACAAACGAUGACGAAACGGCUCCCAAGCCCAAUUCCCUCGAUGGAUUGCAGCUUACGACCAAUGGACAGCAGCCGCCAAAACAAGAUGAGAGGAAGCUAGUUCGCAACGUUUUCGAGGUUUUGCGCCGUUUCGAUGCGAACAACUUGAUACUUAGUCGGCCUAUCCCGGAGCUAUCCUCGUCCGGAGAACCUCAAGCUAAACGGCAAAAAGCCGAUGAGUCCAGUGCCUCACAGUCCAUUCAGGACAAGGCGUCUCGAGGCAACUAUGCCAAAUUGGACGACUUGGUAGCGGACGUAAAGCGCGCAGUGAAUGAUGUCCUUGAGGCGUUACGGGAAGCAACCCCUGGCGAGGAUGCGCAAAACUUCGAUGAGCAGCUCAACCAGGUCCUUGACUUUAGGAAGAAGGCGCUCGACCUUUACCAGCGCGAGAUAGCCUAUCCCGAGACUCCUGCGCAGGCUAGCCAGCGAUUUUCUGGAGAGCAACCCGAGGGCAGAUACGCUUUGUCGGUCUACGGGCUUGCUCCUCACGGCAAGACACUUUACACCAACCUGCAAUUGCCCGUCAGAACAUCAGCCCAUCCCGAGGGAUUAUUCAAGUCUAUCUCGACGGCGAAGCUUCCUCAGGGCAUCAUCGCAACAAGAGUAACCCCUCAUUCUCCCAAGAAAAAGGCGAAAAGAGCACCUACUCUAGGGGAGCUUUAUCCUCCUGCAGCCAACCUUCCACCCUUGCAGGCACCCAAAUCAAGCAAGAGCACCACCAAGAGCAACGUUCUCGGGUUUCACCAGCCUGAUCCCGUAUACAAGUGCCCACACAAGGCUGGACUAACCUACUUUUCCCAGCAUGUUGCUGUUGGCCAGUGGAUUGACUACAGCAAUGCGACGCCUUCCUCCCACUCGCAGAUCAAGACCAAGCAGCGCGAACGAGCGCAAAGCCUGGCUGGACAUAAGCCCUCGACUGUGGAACUCGAGAUGUCCGAAAUGGAAACCUUGUUUCGUAGGGCUUUCACCAGCUUUGCGCCGUCAAAGGACGACACAUCUGCAGUCAUUCCGUCCAAUCACGCCAGUCGCAUAUGGUGGCAGCGUACUGGGCAACGUCAGUUGCAACGGAUGAUUAGCGCUGAGGAAUCUGAUGACGCGCCCGAAGAGAGCGCGACCGAGAUCCCGCACGAUGAUGUCGAUGUGGAUGCCGUUGAAGAGGCUAUCCGGAAUUGGGAUGGGCUAAUCGACCCUAGUCUAGAGGACGGCCCCAGCAAAGAAUCAAAACAAGAGAAGAGCAUUGACGAUAAGCUCAUGGAAGCUUCCGACCUCAUUGAAACGCUGGCAUCGCACCAGCGCAAUCGCCAUCUUGCAUUACCGACAAGCAAAGAUCGACGAUCGACGGACCCUGUUGGUGCGGAUAUGCUUUACAAUGGAUCUCUUGUUCAGCAGCCAGGUGCCGAAGAAACAGAGGUGUAUAUGAAACUGAAGAAUGCGCUUCUCGACAUAAUACUUGAUCUACCACCUUAUGCUUUGUCGAGGCUUGAUGGUGACAAGCUUGGUGACCUUUUCAUCAGCACAAAGCUCGAGAUUAGGACCGAUGUCCGUCAGGGAAUCAAUGAGGAAGAUGAGUCGGUGGUCAAGGCCCGCCAGCAACAGCAACAACAGCAGCAGCAACAGCAUAUGCAGGCCAGCGCUCCUCGACAGCAGUCCCACAGGACACCAAGCGUGCCUGGUGGCGUGCCCUAUGUUAACCAGCAAUACUACGCCACGCAGAACAGGCAACCUGCACCCAACACAGGAGCUCCUCCGUUUUACCAGCAAAGUCCAGUGCGAGCUCAGCCUUCUCCGCUGCAUCAGAGGCCGCCCAUGACGAGUGCCAUGCCUCCCCAGAUGGCCCAGCACGCGUCCCAUGUGCCGCACCAGUCACAUUCACCCCAUCCCCAGCACCGACCUUCUUCGUCUCAGCAAUACCGCCAGCCCAACGGGUACUCGUCAACAUAUGCGCCACAAAACCCCAAGCCUCCUGCUCCUUAUGGACACAAUGCCAUGCCAUAUUCCGGCACACCGGGGCAGAGCCAGGCGCAACGUAUGGCAGCACACCCUGGAUAUGCGCAUGGUUCGCCGGCAGGCACUCCUACUCAGUCCCAGCAACCACAACGUAGGUUCCCAAGCGGCAACCAGGGCUUCGCCACUGGCUAUCCGCCACAACAGGCCCCGCAACCGCAGCACCACCAGCCGAUGUAUCAUCAACAGCAUGCUGGACAGCGACCAGGAUAUCCACAGCAAUAUUCUAAUGGCCAGCCGAAUAUUCCACCACGUGCUGCGCACCCGCCCCAACCUACACCUCAGCAACAUCCUUACAGCCCGAUGCAACCACAGCAUCAUCCGCACCCUCAGCAAAUGGCACAGCAGCCUCGCUUCCCGCAGUACGCUGCGUCGCCUGGUCCGCAGCCAGGCCAGGGCCAUAGAUACCCCAUGUCGGGCAAUCAGGCAAUGACGCCUAAUGGAGCGCACCAAGGGACGACGCCAUCUCUGGGACCGUCAGGUUUCCACACCCACAUGUCGGAGUCGCAGCAAAACCAGAUAAUGGAGCAGUCUCGCCGGUCGGCCCAGCAGCAGAUGCAGGGCGGGGGUGGUGUUGGCAUGAAUGCCGGACUAGCGGGCAUUGGGCUCAAGGGCAACUUUGAUAUGCAGAAGCAGCUUGCGGCUAAUCGCGCUCAGCAGCAACACAAUCCUGUCAUGAUGCAGCAGCAGCAGCAGCAGCAGCAGCAGCAUAUGUCUCCCAGCCCAAGGGCGCAGGUUGCAUCCCCAGUAGGGCUCCACGGUGCGGGUGGACCGUCUCCAGUACCGAUGAAUGGUAUGAUGGGCUCGCAACAAAGGCAUACCUCAAGCGCAGCCAGCUUCCCCCACGCAACGCCAUCGCCUGUUCAGAUGGGAUCUCAGCCCAGGCCCCCCGCUUGA